GUGGUAGCUCUAUAUAUUCACCAACCUUCUCCUCCAUCAAAACCACCCAAAAACCCAGAUCCUCCAUAGCCAUGAAACUCUCAAUCUUCUUCCUCUUCCUCUUCUUCUUCACAUCCCAAACCCUAGCCCUUAACCCUAACUGUGAAGCUCAAGAUCAUGGCCCCGACCUCAAGGUCUUCCAUGUCUUCAGCCCAUGCUCUCCCUUCAAGCCUUCCACCUCACUCUCCUGGGAGGAGACUGUGCUUCAGCUUCAAGCCGACGAUAAGGCUCGCCUCCAGUUUCUGUCUAGCCUCGUGGCGGGGCGCUCCAUCGUGCCCAUCGCCUCCGGCCGGCAGAUCACUCAGAACCCCACUUACAUUGUGAGGGUCAAGGUCGGCACGCCGCCUCGUACUUUCCUCAUGGCCAUGGACACCAACAAUGACGCCGCCUGGCUCCCUUGCGACGGCUGCGUCGGCUGUUCCUCCUCCGUCGUCUACUCUCCGGCUAAGUCCUCCUCCUCCAGAAACGUCGGCUGUGGAGCUCCACAGUGUAAGCAGGUACCCAAUCCCACUUGCGGCGGAGGCGCGUGUGCUUUUAACCUCACCUACGGCAGCUCCUCUAUUGCGGCCAACUUGGUUCAAGACACCGUGAAGCUAGCGGCGGACCCAGUUCCGGGCUACACCUUCGGCUGCAUUCAUAAGACCACGGGGAGCUCUGUUCCGGCACAGGGCCUAUUGGGCUUGGGCCGAGGCCCAUUGUCACUGUUAUCUCAGACCCAACACCUCUACCAAUCUACAUUCUCUUACUGCUUACCCAGCUUCAAGGCGCUCAACUUCUCAGGCUCAUUGAAGCUUGGGCCUGUGGCCCAGCCCAAGAGGAUCAAGUUCACUCCUCUCCUUAAAAAUCCUAGAAGAUCAUCACUCUACUAUGUCAACUUAAUCAGUAUUCGGGUUGGCCGGAGAGUUGUGGAUAUCCCGCCGGCUGCAUUGGCCUUCAACCCCAACACCGGCUCCGGCACCAUCUUUGAUUCCGGUACGGUAUUCACCCGACUAGUUGAACCAGCAUACAUUGCAGUACGAGAUGCAUUCCGAAGACGAGUGGGUAGAAAUAUACCAGUUACAAGCUUAGGAGGAUUUGACACAUGCUACAAUGUCCCAAUAAACGCACCUACAAUAACAUUCAUGUUUACAGGCAUGAAUGUGACACUCCCACAAGACAACCUCCUCAUACAUAGCACAGUUGGCAGCAUCACAUGCCUAGCCAUGGCUCCGGCACCGGACAAUGUCAACUCAGUGCUCAAUGUCAUCGCUAACAUGCAGCAACAAAACCACCGUGUGCUCUACGAUGUGCCCAAUUCCAGGCUCGGUGUUGCCCGUGAGCGAUGCACCUAAUAGUGAAAAUCAAACAAAAUCCUUCAACAAUAACAUCAUGAACGGAAAAUUCUUAUGUACAUCGAGUGCAUCCAGAGUACUUAGGAAUUUUUCUAUCAUGAAUUGGGUUGCAAUAAUAACAUCAAAUUGGGAGUUUCAUAUGUAUGGGGUAGGGUUAUUGGGACUUUGGAACAAAGAGUUCAUUUGCUAACCAUAUAGAAGAUAGUAAGGUAUGGCUAUAGUUACUAGUAGUACUAUUAGGUAUUUGGAAUUGAAUUCAGAGCUUUGGGCAAGUUUGGUGUCGUUUAUGUAGGGUGUGUGAUGGGAGUGUCACGGGUUUGUUUAUCUGUAGCAUUUCAUGUCGUUUUGUUAAUGUUGACGGCACUCUGGGUUGUCGUACAUGGUCGCGGUUGAUUUUUAUAUGAUUGUCAUAUUCGGUAAUUUCAUACUCUUGCAUGUUUCACAUGAAUAAUAUAUUUGCUUUCUAGUA